GCAUCGAGCAUGCAAGUUUUCAUUUCGACGGACAAUCUAAAGUAUUGUGACUAUCUUAAGUAUUUGGUACACGUGUAGGUUAAUUAAAGUGCAGUGUGUUGGAUUAUUUGAAAAUUCUGAAUUUGUGCACGUACUUAUAACGAUAAAGAUACCCACCUGAUGUAUCAAAGUUAUAAACACUCAUAUAACACCCAUACACGGUUUGAGUGAUUAGUGGAAAUAAAUCUUAGAAAAGCAGUAAAUUAUACCGAAUAUGUAGUAAUUAAAAAAUGCAAAGUGUUUUGUUUAAGUAAUUUCAGUAGCUUACGCUGUGAUAUAACACUAAUAAAUCAAAAGGUUGUACAAAAAUUGUCUACAAAGUCUAAAGUCCCGUGAUUACAUACAUACAUAUACUCGUACAUAUGUACAUAUAUGUACAUAUACACAGUAUAUCGAAGUAAGUUAGUAGUAAGAUGCUUAGAAAAUGUUUUAAACCUCUAAAAAAUCAGAGUCAACUCUUUUUGUUUAUGUGAAGGGUCAUCAAAGCUCAAACCGAAACGAGAAUAUUUCCAAAGAAAGAAAUUUAAUAUCAUAACAAAUAUUUAAGGAAAUAAAUCAAUAUAGUAUAAAAACAUGACGUCCAAAAUGACGAUACACUCAGACUUGGCGAAGUUACACAACGGUAAUUCCGCACAUAAAGUUUUAAUCGUCAAGGAACACGAUAAAAUGAAACCACCGAAACCGUUAGGUGAACGCAAAAAAGCAGUGUUGCGUCAGGAGCUGAUGGUACUGCUUGGAAAUACAUGUGUGGCAGCGUCAGGUAUGUCCAUAGCUCUACCUUCAGUGGCGCUCGCUCAACUAACCGAUCCAAAUGAUAUUUAUCACCUCAAUACCGAGGAAAGUAGUUGGUUUGCUUCUAUCAAUAGUAUGGCCUGUCCUCUGGGAGGCUUAUUGGUAGGUUAUCUCAUGGAUCGCAUCGGUCGUCGAAACACGAUGUUAUGCACGAAUUUCAUCGGUAUUAUCGGUUUGUUGCUGCUUGUCACUGCACCCCACCAAAGCACGCGUGAUGCCAUUUAUAUACAAUUACUCAUUGGCAGAUUCCUAUGUGGUCUUAUGAUUGGACUAUCCCUAUCACCAAUUGGUGCCUAUGCCGCAGAAAUCAGUUUACCACGGAUAAGAGGUCGUCUCAUUAUGGGUACAUCGAUAGCUAUAGCCAGCGGUAUAUUGCUAAUGUAUUUGUUGGGUUAUUUCAUUCGGAACAACUUUAAAUUGAUCUCCAUUAUAUCCGUCGUUUAUCAAUGCUUGGCGUUCUGCUGUUGCCUGCCCAUGCCUGAAUCUCCAAGUUGGCUGCUACAGAAAGGCUAUGUGGAACGAGCUCGCAAGUCGCUCAAAUAUUUUCGAGGUCUCUCAAAAAAUGAUAACAACAUUUACGAGGAAUUCGAAACAGAGUUGGCGCUCAUCAAAAAGAACUCGGACAUCAGUCGGACAACCGCUGCCAAUGAAUCGCUUCUGCAGGCCAUACGCGCACCGGAGGUCUACAAACCAUUGAUCAUGAUGAUUGGCUUCUUUUUCUUCCAACAGUGCUCUGGCAUUGUUGUUGUGAUUGUAUUUGCGGCACAAAUUGCGACACGCGCUGGUGUCUCUGCCGAUCCGCUGCUGGUGGCUGUGUUCGUUGGUGUGGCACGUAUAAUCACCACAUUCUUCAUGGGCAUGAUUUUCGAAAAAUGGGGACGUCGACCAGCUGGUAUAUUCUCAGCAACAGGUAUGACUAUUUGCAUGUUGUUGCUUGCCGCUAAUGGAUGGUGGCCAGUUAUCGGCGAGCAAGUGCCAUUAUUGUCUGUCUUCGCCAUUGUGCUGCACAUAAUCUUCUCCACGAUGGGACUGCUGACUUUGCCAUUCUUCAUGAUCUCGGAGGUAUUUCCACAACGUGUACGUGGCAGCGCCAGUGGAUUUACUCUGUGCAUUGGUCUACUGUUCUCCUUUAGUGUAGUAAAACUGUAUCCUACCUUGGAAGUUUGGAUAGGCACCGCUAAUUGUUUCGCCUUCUUCGGAGGGAUUUCCUUAUUGGGAGCGGCGUUCAUUUAUUUUAUUGUGCCCGAGACAAAGGGUCGCACACUACUGGAGAUUGAGAACUACUUUCGAACUGGACGGAAGGUGAGCAAUGCAGAAGUUGCACGUCGGCAAUCACAAAUAGCGAUGGAAGAGGCGGCGGGAAUAUAUCGUUCCGAAUUGGAACUGAACGAAGUAUUCUUGAAACUAAGUAAAGUAGACGAAGAUGGAGAAAAGAAACUGGAUGACAAAGAGUGAUAGACUACUGUAGAAGUUAAGAAAAAUCGACGCCAAAGAUAUUUUGUCGAAUGUUUUAAAUAUGAGUUUAAUUCGCCAUAUUUUUUAUAAUAACUAUAAUUCAAGUAAAUAUGUUUAAAUAAUUAGACUGUGAUGUAAGUUUGUAAGGUCUAAAAGUAAAGAGAGACUAUAUAUUUACUAUGAAUAAAGAACCCAACACGGAAGUGUUGUAAUAUGAAAAUAUUAGCUCUAUA